ACCAAGAUGGCGACGCCUAUGCACAGACUGAUCGCUCGCAGACAAGCAGAAGCUAAUAAACAGCACGUUCGAUGUCAGAAAUGUUUAGAAUAUGGCCAUUGGACCUAUGAGUGCACUGGAAAACGGAAGUAUCUGCACAGACCCUCAAGAACAGUGCAAUUAAAGAAGACUUUGAAAGAAAAACAAAACAAACUCGCCUUGCCACCAAGUGGACAAGGAAUUACAGAAAACAAGAUGAAGAAGAAAAGGCCUCAGAGUGUUAGUAGCAGCAGCAGCAGUACUUCAUCCACUGAUUCAUCUUCAGAUAGUGAAACAUCAUCCAAUUCCUCCACAUCAGAGAGCAGCAGCAGUGACGAUGAAAGUUCUUCAACUGACAGCUCCUCAUCAUCCUCAACAACAUCAUCCAGUGAAUCAUCUUCCUCUGAUUCAGAUUCUGACUCUAGUUCCAGUAGUAGUAUUAGCAGCUCUGAGGAAGAGCCACCAAAAAAGAGGCGGAAAUCGUGACAUUGUGACUUUGAUUUGUGACAAUUUCAAAUCAAUGAUUUCUUUCAUUCAAAACUCUAGAUGUAUUCAUUUUAAGGCACUUAAACCAAGAAACUAAUUUCUCAUAUUUGGAAUUCACAUAGACAAACUAUUGACCAGAUGUGCAGUACGUGGCCAACGCUUGUCUGCAUAUUUGAUCUGUGGUCCUUUUCCUUUAAAAGUGUAUAUAUUUUUCUCUACAGUGUACAUGGUGUUUCUGUUAUCUGAACUCUAGUAAUUUAGGGGGAGAACAUGCAGACACCAAAGUAGUCAGCUAUCAAAACUGUAAGAAAUAAAUCUCUGGACUGCAGAAUCACCACCAGACAGUAGGCUAAAUGGCCUCAUUUAUUGGUCGAUCCUUUGAAAAAGUUAUUCACUUGGUUCUUUAAUCUGUGCUGUUUUCUAUUUGUUUUCUUUUUGGAUGUUUAUCUGUUUCUCUUUAAAUGUAGUUAUGGAUUGUCCUUCUAUCAGUGUUUAUUGGUCUAUUUGACAUGUAAGCGAAUGUAUAGAUAUUAAAAGAAAAAUUGCCAAAGUUUUCCAAUUGUUCUUUAAGUGGUUAACUUUAAAUUGUUGAUUUGUCGGUUAAUGGAAUUAAUUUUUCUUAAUUACCUGAUCAAAAUUUUUUAAAUGAAUGGAUUCCUGAAAUCUGAGAUAAAACUAAACAUAUCAGGGAAAAAUCUCACCAGGAUUGGUAGCUUCUGUGUUGCAAGAAAAAUAAAGGUAAUGUUUCAUGUCUAUGACCUUUCAUCAGAACAAGGAAAAGUUACAAAUGUCAAUAGGUUUUAAGCAAGAGAUGGGUGGGGCAAGGACAAAAGAAAGAUCUGUGAAAGGGUGGAAGACAGGAGAGAGCAAAUGACAAAAGAAGUAAUCCUCCAGAUGCUGAUGGGGCACACUUUUUUGAUUCUUUUCUUGCCUCAUCGCUAUUCCCUUUGACCCUGGAGAUCUGACUUUUCUGACAAUCCGUGCUGUCUAUCACACACCUUCCUUUUGUCAUUGUCCAACUUUCUGAUUUUUUUUCUCUCUCUCAAUUUUUUUUCCACCAUUUCUUAUUUACAAUAGUAUUCUCAUCCCCAUGAUUCUUGUUUCCUUUUCUUGUUGUUUUAAACCAUAAAUACAUCAAACAAAAAUGGACAUGAGGCUGUUUAAUCACCAUUUUGAACUAGAAUCAGUGCAUUUUUCCCCUCCUUAUUUAGCCGUAAAGGUAACAGGUAUUAGAAAUAUUUUCAGUUGUCCAUAGUGAAUCAAGCACUAUACAGUAAAGAAAAAUUGAAUGUCUACAUUCAGAGAGAAAUAGAACUUCAUUUAUAACUAAACAAUCAAUUAGCUGCCUGCAGAGGUAUAUUGAACAUAAUUUUCCAUAAAGUGUCAAUUUUUAAAAAUGAUAGCAUUUUAAAAUUAAAUAAUUCCAAACAUGGCCAUCCUGAAUUUCAAUGCUGUGACUGCGCUCCUUUUAAACAUAAUAUAUUUACCUGCAUUUUUAAGUAUUUCACCUUGUUAUUCAUGCUUCCUUUGUACACUGUUAAAGAUCAAUGCCUUGAGUAGUGUGUUGACCAAUGCUGCAGGUAAAACAAACAUCUAGUAUAAUAGUUCAUACAAAGAUAUCAAAACAUAAUUACAGCCACAAGGUAUGGCUGUAUAUUAUAUGUUUGAAUACUGGAACUUAGUGUUUUCAUAAAAGUACUAUUAGUUUUCAUAAUCUGAAGUAUGAUGUGAGCACAGAGGUUUAUUUUAAUCGAACGUUUUUUUUUUCAAUGUUUCUUUUUUAGUAGGUUUCUCCUCCAUGUCCUUAUGCUCUGUCUCAUUUGUAUCCUCUGCAUCUUGAUAUAUUUUUGCCAAGAUGGAAAAUAUUUAUCCUGUCUCAUUUCUGUGCCGCAUGAAACAAACUUGGGUUUAUGAUUUUACUCUUAGUUGCUGUUGGCCAGCCUCCUUGAGUUAAUGGCUCCCUUUAGUAAUACUCCUGUGGUCAAAAACUCCGGUGAAUUACUGAUACUAAUCUAUUUUCUCCUAUUCCCUGAUUGUGCUAAAUUAGCAUCUUAAUGUAAUAAUGCUAAUUUGGCCUAGUUUUCAGGAUGCUAUUUGGCCUUGCAAAAUGUUCUUGGAUUUUAUAACAAAGAGUCAUAGUUUAAGUGAUUUUCAAUAUGCAUAAAUUUGGGCACUUGUAUGAUGCAUUAUACAUCAAAUUAAGACAGAAGUCUGUUUUCAUUUACAUUGCUUUGUAUAAAGUUGGUUUGUUAUAAUUUGUAAAUCGCUGAAAAUUUACUAUUUAAUCUACCUAACCAGUUUGAUGAAAUGAUCUAUUUCCUAACUCAUUAUUGAAACCUAAAAAUGUUCAAAAGUAUUAAACUUUAACUAAGAUAAUUGCUUCACAAUUUUCCAUAAAUAUGUGCGUAUUUUACAGGACUUAUUUUGAAGCUGCCCAGCUCCCUAUUCUUGGGAGCAGCCUUGUCUCUGUUUUGCCAUGUAGCUGAUUCUUUUCUGCCAAACUGUGUUGCUGCAUGCUUCGACAAGUAAGGUGUGUUUUUGCAAAAUUCGUUUUCUUUAUUCUGUGCAGUUUAGGCAUGAGAAUGUGUCACCAGCAGCGAAAUUAUGAAGAGGCAUGAAAUGUCUUGUCAUUGGUGUGAUUUGAAUCAUUACCUUCUUAAGACCUGAAUACUGAAAGCUUCUGUAUAUAAUUAUUAUAUGAAAAUAUUGUAUUUUUACAUUUGCUUUUGUGAAUUUAUGCAUUGAGAAUUUUAAAUCUCUUUCUCUAAAAUAUUUCCUCUUGCAUGUUACAGUACCUUGGCUGCAGCAAUCUUUUGUGAACUUUUGACAAAGUUAACACUAUGCCCUGUUGAGCCUGAACAGAGUGUUCAUAGGUUAUAAAAUUGGGUAAAGGGAAACAGUAGGCAACACAAGCCAAAAUUAUUCUAUUCUUGAGCAACAUUGUUCUUGGAACCAUUGAGAUGGCCCCACAUCUUGUCUGUGUCAUCCAACUCAACACACUCAAACGAACAAUCACAAGAUCAUUUUAAUUUAAACUGCUUCAUUUUACAGUGUAGUGAAUUUAUUGACUCAUUCAAGCAGUGUAUGAAAGCAAAUGUUUUAAAAUAGUUUAUACUUGCUUUAGUUUUUGGUGAUGUGGGCCCUUUUUUAAAAUCAUUGUAUAUCAUGUUUGUAUUAUCUUUAAAUGGAGGGACAGCCUAUAACUUAUUUAAAGCACUGUGCAGUAAAAUUUCAUCAACAUUGGCUUUUUUUUGUAUGUUACACUGUUUGUCUAAAUCAAAUUUUCAUAUUUAUAUAAAUCUUUUAAAAAG